AUGGAUGGAAACGAAUUUGCAAUAGUCCUUUCAGGAUCGAAUACUAAAGAAUACAUCUUAGUUAUGGGUUCUGUAUCUCUUUUUAACGCUAAAGUAUUAAAGUUAACAUUUGCAAGAAGCCCCUAGAUUCUUAAGAAGUCACUUUAUAUUGAUCAAAAUUAAACAGUAUAUCUAAUUUGCAGCUUUUAAGAUACUGAUACUCAUUACAUUAUUGUUUAUAAUUAUGGAGUUGUUUAGAAAUUUCAAAUAACUGGAAUUACUGAAACUAAUCCUACAACUGUUUCCGGCAUUAUUUUGAAAAACCCAUUUUUUGCAGGCAAUGAUUUCAAAGUUAGAAUAAUUGGAAAGAUUUAAUUCGGUACUAGUCCCAUUAUAAGGACUUGA